UUCACUCUCUCUCUCGCGCUCUCCGCCACCGCUCGCCGGCGAUCAUGGAGAGCUCCGUCCUUACCCGCCCCUUCGCGCCGCCUUCCUCCACCGUCCUCCGCCGGCCACUCUCCAUCCGCUCGCUGCCUUCCCUCUCCCCUCUUCAUCUCGCUCCCAACUCCCUCCCCACCCUCCGCUCUCGAUCCCUUCCCCAUUUCCCCUCCCCCAAGCCGCAUCUCCGUCUCCCCCCCAUCUGCGCCUCCUCACCCUCCUCCCCACCUCCAAAACCCACACCGGUCCCUCUGUCUGGCGCUAAGCCAUUACCGCUAGCGAUUUCCAUCGCCAUCGGUCUGGCCGUCCGCUUUUUGGUGCCUCGGCCUGCCGAAGUCUCGCUCCAAGCUUGGCAGCUUCUUUCCAUCUUUCUCUCCACCAUCGCUGGCCUCGUCCUUGGCCCGCUUCCUGUUGGUGCCUGGGCCUUCCUUGGCCUCACCGCCUCCAUCGUUACCCGCACUCUUUCCUUCUCCGCCGCCUUUGGUGCGUUCACUAAUGAGGUGAUUUGGUUGAUUGUGAUUUCAUUCUUUUUCGCUCGCGGAUUUGUGAAGACGGGCCUUGGAGACCGGAUCGCUACCUACUUCGUGAAGUGGAUGGGAAGUAGCACGCUUGGAUUGUCGUAUGGGCUUACUGUCAGUGAAGCUCUAAUUGCUCCUGCAAUGCCCAGUACGACGGCUAGGGGCGGCGGUGUGUUUUUGCCGAUUAUUAAAUCGCUGUCGCUCUCCGCCGGCAGCCGGCCUGGGGAUCCAUCGGCGAGAAAGGUUGGAUCAUAUUUGGUGAUGUCGCAGUUGCAGUCAGCUGGUAACUCAAGUGCUCUUUUCCUAACUGCUGCAGCUCAAAACUUACUCUGCCUUAAACUAGCGGAGGGACUUGGGGUAGUGAUUGGGAACCCAUGGGUCUCUUGGUUUAAAAUUGCAAGCUUACCAGCGAUUAUUUCACUUCUAGCUACUCCAUAUAUUCUAUAUAAGAUCUUCCCACCUGAGACCAAAGACACCCCUGAUGCACCUGCUAUGGCCACAAAAAAACUGGAACAAAUGGGACCUGUAACAAAGAAUGAAUGGACUAUGCUUGGCACCAUGCUUCUUUCUGUAGCUUUGUGGGUCUUCGGGGAUGCUUUUGGUAUAGCAAGUGUUGUUGCAGCUAUGCUUGGGUUGUCCAUCCUUCUCCUUUUAGGUGUCUUGGAAUGGGAUGAUUGUUUAAGUGAGAAGUCCGCAUGGGACACUCUGGCCUGGUUUGCAGUGCUAGUUGGCAUGGCUGGGCAACUUACAAACCUUGGGAUUGUGCCAUGGAUGUCCAACUGUGUUGCUAAAGUCCUUCAAUCUUUCUCAUUGAGCUGGCCAGCAGCAUUCUGUGUUCUUCAAGCUUCUUAUUUCCUCAUCCACUAUCUGUUUGCUAGCCAGACUGGCCAUGUGGGAGCCUUAUUCUCGGCAUUUCUAGCAAUGCACUUAGCAGCUGGAGUCCCUGGUGUAUUGGCGGCGCUUGCCUUGGCAUAUAAUACAAAUCUUUUUGGUGCUCUGACACAUUAUAGCAGUGGGCAGGCUGCUGUAUAUUAUGGAGCGGGUUAUAUAGAGCUUCCUGAUGUAUUUAAAUACGGCUUUGUUAUCGCCUUGAUUAAUGCUUUGAUAUGGGGAGUAGUUGGAACCUUCUGGUGGAAAUUUUUGGGUCUUUAUUGAGCCAGUAAUCCUAUAAAGAUCAUUCUAAUUGUUUCUUCAAAGGGUAAGUUAUUCCUCAUUCAUUAGCAAUUUUAGCUGUUGAUGUUCCCUGUAAUUUUGACUGGGAAAUGGAACUUGAGCUUAUGCCAUUGUUAGGCUAUGUGCUACUGCACAUCGGUAUUGAAUUUUAUAUUUUCUGUCAGUAUGUUCAAAUUCCUUUUUGUUAUAUCCAGCCUCAUUAGUGAAGCGCUCUAUCAUUUUACUCUA